UUCAGUAUUUCAAGUAAACCAUGGUGUUUCUAUAUAUUCCCAAUUCUACCAAAUUCUGUCGUCAUACCCGCCAUUUACUGAUAUUCUGCUAUUGAUUGUUCCAUGCCUUUCUUUCUUAUACAUAUUUAAAGUGGAAAGAAAUUAUAUAAGAGAAAUUAUAAGCAGCAUCGCAGAAUAUCAGAUGACAUUGGCGUCAAAGAAUUAUUUACCUGAGAUCCAUCAAUAUUUACCAUUUUUAAAAACAAACGAAUGAUGUCAUACAGAACAGAUAUAAACUCACAUUAUAUAAAUCAAUGGUAGAAUUACUGUGAAAUAUUGGCUCUGAACAGAAUUUUUAUGCAAAAUGCUCUCAAAUUCACAGACUGAAAUUUGUAUUAUAAUGAUUUGAUAUUGAAAUUGAAGCUGAAUAACAAAGGAAUUUGCAGCAUCUUCGAAUAUUGACAAAAAUUACUGUUGAUAGAAAUAUAGCCACAGACAUAGGAAUAAAAGAACAUUUAUAUUUAUUGUGUCGAGAGAGAAACAAAGAUGGAAGACGAAUUGUGUGAGAGAAAGAUUAAAUGUGAAGCAGAGUCUCAAGUUAUAGAUUUCCCUGACGAUAUACAGAAAGAGAAAGGAAAAACAUUAUAUCAGUGUGAUAUCUGUAAGAAGUCAUUCUCUCUAAAGUGUAACUUAACUACUCACAAACGCAUUCAUACAGGAGAGAAACCAUAUCACUGUGAUAUCUGUGAUAAAUCAUUCUCUCAAAAAUGUAACUUAACUACUCACAAACGCAUUCAUACUGGAGAGAAACCAUAUCAGUGUGAUAUCUGUAGUAAAUCAUUUUCUCUAAAGCAUCACUUAACUACACACAAACUUUUUCAUACUGGAGAGAAACCAUUUCACUGUGAAAUCUGUGGUAAAUCAUUCUCUCAGAAAGGUAACUUAGCUAGACAUACACGCUUUCACACAGGAGAGAGACCAUAUCAAUGUGAUGUCUGUGGUAAAUCAUUCUCUCUAAAUAAUCUCUUGGCUACACACAAGCAAAUUCACACUGGAGAAAAACCAUUUCACUGUGUUAUUUGUGGCAAGUCAUUUUCUCAAAGUGGUAACUUAACUACCCACAUACGUACUCAUACGGGAGAAAAGCCAUAUCACUGUGAAAUUUGUGGUGAAUCAUUUUCUCAAAAUGGCAACCUAAUUACUCACAAACACAUUCAUACGAGAGAUAAAAUCUAUAAUUGUGAUAUUUGUGGUAAACUAUUUUCUGGACAUGGCGAGUUAAUAGAGCACAAGCAUAUCCAUAGAGGAGAGAAACCAUUUCAUUGUGAUAUCUGUAGUAAAUCAUUCUCUCUGAAGCAUCACUUAGUUGCACACAAACUCUAUCACACAGGAGAGAAGCCACAUCACUGUGAUAUCUGUGAUAAAUCAUUCUCUCAAAAAGGUUACCUCACUAGACACAGACGCUUUCAUACAGGACAGAAGCCAUUUCACUGUGAUGUCUGUGGUAAAUCCUUCUCUGCAAAUCAUCACUUAAGUACACACAAACAAAUUCAUACAGGAGAAAAACCUUAUCUGUGUGAAAUCUGUGGUAAACCAUUUCCUCAAAAUGUUAACUUAACAAUUCACAUACGCACUCAUACGGGAAAGAAGCCAUAUCACUGUGAUAUCUGUGGUAAAUCAUUUGUUCAGCAAAGCAACUUGAUUACUCACAAACAAUCACACAAGAGAUAAACCACAUCACUGUGUCUGUGGUAAAUCCUUCUCUCAGGCACGAAAGUCCCUUAACUAGUCACAAACGCAUUCAUGAUUGAUGCAAGCUAAAUCUGUGUGAUACCUGUGGAAAAUUAUUUUCUCAAAACAGUCACUCAACUGUCAUAAACAUGUUCGUACAGGAGUAAGUUAAUUGCACACAAACUCUUCCACCAUCAUCAUUGUUUAACAUCCACCUUCCAGGCUGGCAUUGGUUGGACAAUUUGACAGGAACUCAUAAAUCAGAGGACUGCAUGAAGCUUAUGUAGGCUCAAAAGUCUUCAUACUAGAGCAAAACGAUAUUUCUGCAAUGGCAUUAAAUUAUCUUUUACCUACAUACAAACUCUUUCACAAAAGAUAAAAAUCAUAUCAGUGUGAUAUCUCUUGUGGAUCAUUUUCUCAAAGUUGAGGCUUCAUUACUCACAUAUGCACCCAUUAGUGAGAAGCCAAAUCACCGAUAUCUGGGAAAUAUCAUUUCUUGGAGCUGAUAGUGUAACUCAACACAAACGUAUUUAUACAGGAUAGAAACCAUAUCACUAUGAUAUUUGCAGUAAACUAUUCUCCAAGAGUUCUAGCUUACCUGGACACAAGCAUAUUAAGCCUCGUUCCUCAAAAGCGAUUUUGUUGAAAAAAAACAAUGAAAUUCUAAGGAUCCUGUAUCUUAAAAAUGAUGUGAAUCUAAUGAGUGGAUGUCAUAUUUGGAUUCUAUGAGUUGAAAAAUGCCAGUUCUGAAUUAAAAUAUCUUGACAAAAGAAGCAAAAAUAUAUUUUUUUGGCCUGUGCAUCCUUCCUUUCAAAAUUGUGAUGUGACUUGACAUGUGUGCCUUCUGUCAACUUUGUUUCCUCAUGAUCAUCAGGAAAAUGUCUUUUAAUUAAAUCUUCUACAAAAACUUAUCUGAAUACGAUUAUUUUGGCAUGUACGCAAAAAAAAAAAGAAAGAAAAAUGGUGGGCUCACACACAUCCAUAUAUAAAUGUCACAAAGUUUUUUAAAUUACAAGUUUCAUAUCUAUUUAUCUAUCUACUUAGAAGUCAUGUAUGUCGGUAGAAACGUGUAUGCCCAACAGUUGGGGGUAUUUUCCUCACAUUAAAUUGCAAUAUAAUUGUAACCCACACUAUCUGAAAGGUAUCUGUAGAAAAUUUCAUUGAAAAAUAACCAUUCUUCUGAAUGAUAUGAGGAAACAAAGUCAGCGAGGAGACAUAUUUGUAUAAGUACUGUGUGCCUAAGCUUUUAACGGAAGCUAAUUCCUAAUGGUUCACAGAAGUAUAGCACUAGGAUGAUUUUAUUUGUUGGCUUUUCGUUGUUACUUUAUAGUAAAUUUGUCAUUGAAGUUUAAAUAAAGUAUUGAGGUUAAAGUGUAAAGUGUUUUAAUAAAAACAAAUAAAACACUAAUGGGUUAUUAAACAGAUUA